GCUGCCGCCGCCCCCGCCACCCACCCGCCGCCGCCGCCGCCGCCGCCCGCCCAGCAGCCAGCCGGGGCGCCGGGCUCGCCCCCCGCCGAGCGAUGUCCAGGAGGAAACAGAGCAACCCCCGGCAGAUCAAACGUUCCCUGGGAGCAAUGGAGGAAGGCGAGGACGCCCCGGCGGGGCAGAAGAGCCCCUCGGAGAGGGAAGGGGCCGCCUCGGAUCGGGAGGGCUCUGCCGAGCGCGAUGCCUCCAGUCCCCCCAGCAGCGAAGAGGCAGAGUCGAAAGACGUCCCGGAGAGUCCGAAGGAGCCCGAGAAACCGGAUCCUGGAGAAAAUCCACAGGAGCCGAACUCUUGGAAUGGGCCAGACGAGCUGGAGCUGGUGGUGCAGGAUGGGGAGCAGCGGGUGCGAGCCUGCCGGAGCCUCCCCGAGGGCUUCUCCUGGGGCCCUUUCCAGGGCAGCAUCCACAGCGAGCCGGCAUCGCCAGGGCACGGCGAGACGCAGAGCCCACCCGUGACACUGGUGCUGGGGGACGAGAGCUGCUGGCUGUCCCGCCUGCCCCUCGUGCCCGGAGAGCCCGACGCCAACGCCGUCAUCUACAGGAAAGAUGAAGCCGUGUGGUGCAGGACCACGCGCGCCGUGCGGGAGGACGAGCCCCUGUGCGCCUUCGUGGUGGCCGAGCCGCCGGCCAUCCCCAGCCAGGCGCUGAAAGCGGAGCCCGGCGACUCGCCCUACCCGGCCGCGCUGCACUCCGACAUCCAGCUGCUGCCCCAGCAGGCCGGCAUGGCCGCCAUCCUGGCCACCGCCGUGGUCAACAAGGACGUCUUCCCGUGCAAGGACUGCGGGAUCUGGUACCGGAGCGAGCGCAACCUGCAAGCCCACCUGAUGUACUACUGCGCCAGCCGGCAGAGCUCGGGCUCGCCCGCCGUGGACGAGAAGCCCAAGGAGACGUACCCCAACGAGCGCGUCUGCCCCUUCCCGCAGUGCAAGAAGAGCUGCCCCAGCGCCAGCUCCCUGGAAAUCCACAUGCGGAGCCACAGCGGGGAGCGGCCGUUCGUCUGCCUGAUCUGCCUGUCCGCGUUCACCACCAAAGCCAACUGCGAGCGGCACCUGAAGGUGCACACCGACACCCUCAACGGCGUCUGCCACAGCUGCGGCUUCAUCUCCACCACGCGGGACAUCCUCUACAGCCACCUGGUCACCAACCACAUGAUUUGCCAGCCGGGCUCCAAGGGAGAGGUGUACUCGCCAGCACCGGCGCUGCCCAACGCCAAACCCCUCGCCCCCGGGCUGAGCCAGCCGAACAACCCGCCCGUGCUGAAGUGCAGCCUGCCGGCCUUCCUGCCCGAGGGGCUGCCGGCCCUCCCGCAGCACGUGGUGCUGCACGGCCCCCUGCCCGCCGUCCUGCCCGGCCCCGACGCCCCCCCGCAGCCCGCAUCACCCCCCGACGCCGCAACGGGGCCCCCGGCCUCCGAGGUGCAGAACGGCGAGGUCAGAGCCCCUGCUGGUGAAGGGCCAUCCUCCUCCUCCUCCUCCUCUUCCUCCUCUUCCUCCUCCGGCGAGCCCGUCCGCAUCAAGGAGGAGCCCGCCGACAGCCCGCUGAGCGAGGCGGAGGCGCCGAAAAGCGGGGAGGGGGCCGGCAGCCCCGGCUCGGAGCCAGAAGCCGGCUCCCGAGCCUCGUCCCCCCGCAGCCUCCCCGCGGGGAAGGUGAAGUCGGAGCUCGCCAGCCCCACGCCGGGCUCCAGCCCCGUGCCCAGCGAGCCGGGGACGGGCACGGCGGGCGGCACCGUCUUCCUGCCCCAGUAUCUCUUCGGCCACGAGGCCGCCGCGGUGGUGCCGCAGGCGUCGGAGAUCCUGGCGAAGAUGUCGGAGCUGGUGCACAGCCGGCUGAAGCAGGGCCACGGCGCGGUGCCGCCCGCCCUCUUCACCGGCACGCCGGUGCCCAAAGGCGCCACGUGCUUCGAGUGCGAGAUCACCUUCAACAACAUCAACAACUACUACGUGCACAAGCGCCUCUACUGCUCCAGCCGGCACCUGGCCGAGGACAGCCCCCCCGGCGUGCGCAAGCUCAAAGCUCCCCCCGGGGCACCCAAGGGUCCCGCAGCCCCGGGGACGCUGCUGGCCCCUCCGCCGGGCGAGGGGCAGGGGCCGCCCGCGGGGGACGGGGACAGCGGCCAUGCCGCCACGCCGCCGCCGGCAGCCCCCCCGGAGGAGGGCAAAGCGGGGUCCCCCGAGGCGGAGGCGGCGUCGGGGCGGUGCAGCGAGGACAGCCAGAGCCCCGGCAGCUCGGCGGGGGACGAGGGGGACGAGGACCCCAGCAAGACGCUGUGCGAGGCGUGCAACAUCCGCUUCAGCCGCCACGAGACCUACGUGGUGCACAAGCGCUUCUACUGCGCCUCGCGCCACGACCCGCCGCUGCGCCGCCCCGGCCUCACCAAAGUCCCCUUCCUGCCCCAGCCCCCCCGCACCCGCAAACGCCGCAAGCUCUACGAGAUCCACGGGGCCGAGCCGGCGCCUCCCGCAGCGCCCGAGCCCAAGGCACCGGGGGCCGCCCCGUCGCCCAGCUCCAGCCCCGACGCCGACGGCCCCAUCGACCUGAGCAAGUAGCCGCGGCGGCGAGGCGAGCCCGCGCCGGCCCCGCUGCUGCCGCUGGCCGACUACCACGAGUGCACCGCCUGCCGCAUCAGCUUCAACAGCCUCGACAGCUACCUGGCCCACAAGAAGUACUCGUGCCCCGCCACCCCGCUGCAGCCCGGCGCCCUGGAGCACCUGCAGAAGAUCAAGGGGGCCGUGCCCGCCGUGCUCAAGGGUGGCCGCAGCCCCGACGGCGCCGGCGAAGGGGAGAAGACGGCGCCGACGGGGAGCCCCGGGGGUCCCCCCAAGGCGCUGGCUCUGCCGCCCGCCUACCCCGGGGCAUCGGGGGGGGACUCGCUGCAGCGGUACCCCAAGGGUGCCAAGGUGCCCCUCUCCGUCUGCCCCUACUGCCCGCUCAACGGGGCCGUCAAGGGAGACCUCAUCGAGCACUUCCGAAACGCCCACGGGCUCUUCGUGGCCAAACCGGUGGCGGCGGCCGGGCACGGGCUCCCCGAUACCCCAACGCCCGGAGGGGGGGGCGGCGGCAGGACGCCCGAGCCCCCCGCCGCUUCGCCCCCCCGCCCGCCCGCCCCCCGCCUCCGCCGGGACAGCUUCAACGGCAAGGAGGCUCGGGACCCCCCCGCCAACGGCAGCCCCCGGCCCCCCGCCUCGCCCCGGCCCCCCGCCUCGCCCGCCGCCCCCGAGGCGCUGCGGGAGGGCCCCCGCGAGCCCCCCACGCCCCCCGCCUACACGGACAGGGGGGUGCAGACCCCCCCGGCCAAGGCGGUGGCCAGCCCCGUGCCCAACGGCAACCACAGGUACUGUCGCCUCUGCAACAUCAAGUUCAGCAGCCUCUCCACCUUCAUCGCGCACAAGAAGUACUACUGCUCGUCCCACGCGGCCGAGCACGUCAAGUAA